CUGGUGAAUGAAACGCACAUCACUAAACAGACCCUGAAUGACAUUGAAUCGAGACACGAUGAGAUUCUGAAACUGGAGAAAAGCAUUUCAGAGUUACAGGAAAUGUUCAUGCUGCUUGCCACGGAAGUAGAGAUGCAGGGUGAAACCAUAGACAGCAUUGAGAAGCAUGUUUUGAAUGCCACCGACUACGUAGGAAAAGGCAGAAAGGAGCUGGAGCAGGCGGUGAAGAACAAACACAAAGCCCGCAAGAAAAAGGUGUACAUCGCCAUCUGCGUGGCCGUCCUGGUCAUCGUCCUGGUCAUCAUAAUCACCGUGUCUGUCAUGAGCUGAGCAAGCCCUUGUGGAGGAUCAAACUUGGCGAC